CCCGGACCUCCGCAAUCUCUCGUGACCCCCAAACCUCACAACACUCUACCAUCCUCUCUUAGGCGCGCUCCAAAGCCUGAUUUCCCAGCACCCAGCAUGGGAUCAACAAGUGUCUUUGCCAAGACAAUCCUCAUCCCAGCCGCAAUCGCACUAUCAAUCUACAUCCUAGCGUCAUGUGUGAUAAUCCCCUUCUUCCGCCGGUACCACCAGCGCUACUCGCAAUAUCUCCCGCUACACAGUAUAUCCGCACACACACUAUCCCUUCGCGACCGCAUAGCGGAUAAAGUGAUGCAUUUCUUCCUUCCGUCUCGGUGGCGAUGGGGGGCGCACAUACCAGACCACGAUACGGAGAGUAUUGAUGAUGAGGAAGGGGAGAUCUUGGUUGGGAUGGAUAUGGAUUCUGUGAGGCGGGGUGCGCUGGAGCAACGGAGACGUGAUACACUGGCUGAGACGGAGAGUCGUUUGAGUCGGGAUUUGGAGGAGGGGUUUAUGGAUGAUAGUGAUGAUAGUGAUGAGGAGAGUGAGGGACGUGGGAAUCGACAGGGAGGGAGGCUUUGA